AUGAAUUCUGCGGCCAGCCCAGAACAUUCUGACUCGCGGGACGACUCACACAGCCGGUCGACAGAGGGCGACAAAUGGACGUCUUCAUCGUGGGACAGAAGCGAUGAGUGGGAAAAAGGCACGCAGGACGUAGUCUCUAACGACGCUCACACGGAAGCAUUGAGCGACCCGCCGAGUCAACCCGGCAACAAACGCGAGAUCUGGAUCAUGACAACAGUCCUGCUGGCUGUAUUCCUCAAUGCCUUAGACCGCACCAUCAUCUACACAGCCGUGCCACGGAUCUCAGACGAGUUCCACGCAUUGGGAGACAUUGGAUGGUACAACGCCUCGUUCAUGCUCGCCGCUGCAUGCUCUCAGUUGAUCUUUGGGCGGAUCUACACCUACAACCCUCCCAAGUUCGUCUUCAUCACGCUCGUGGGGUUGUUUGAGGCCGGGAAUCUGGUCUGUGGCGCUGCUCCGACAAGUGCUUCGUUUAUUGUUGGCAGAGCCAUCGCUGGUAUGGGAUCGGCUGGUCUGAUGUGUGGGGCUAUCGUGGUCAUGGUCAGCACGGUGUCUCUCAGCAAGCGUCCGCUAUAUCAGGGCUUCUUUGGAGCUGUGUUUACUCUGGCGUCCAUUAUCGGACCAGUGAUCGGAGGAGCUCUGACGACUAAUGUGAGCUGGAGAUGGUCAGUAAACAGCUAGUGAGCCUCGAAAGCACUCGCCAGCGUUCUAAUAUGGAUCGACAGGUGCUUCUACCUCAACGUGCCGAUCGGAUGUGCCGUCAUGCUCGUCAUCUUUUUCGUCCUGGACCCAAUUCCACCGGUACAGCCCGGUCUUUCCAUCCGUGAGCAGAUAACCAGAAUGGAUCCAGUGGGAGAAGUAUUCCUCGUGGCAUCCGUUGCUUGCCUCAUUCUGGGCCUCGCAUGGGGAGGCAAUGACUACGCGUGGAAAGAUUGGCGAAUCAUCACCUUGUUCGCCGUGGCGGGCGUCUCUCUCAUUGCGUUUGGCGUCGUUCAGUACUGUUGGCCCGAUACGGCGACGAUCCCGGCCGCGACCUGCUCCGUUCGCGGUGUCACCAUGGGGCUAAUCUUGACAUUCUUUCUCAACGGAACCCUUCAGCUCAUGACCUACUACCAGCCGACAUGGUUCCAGGCUGUGCGCGGCGUGAGCCCCGAAAAAUCUGGAGUCUACAGCUUGGCGAUCGGCAUUCCUACAAUGUCGUCGACCCUGUUUGCUGGUAUUGCCGUCCAGCGGGUGGGCUACUACACCCCCUUCGCGAUCAUCUCAUCCGUCAUCACCCCAAUUGGUGCCGGGCUCUUCGUCACGCUGCGAGAAAACACAAGCGAUGCAAAGUGGAUAGGAUACAGUAUUUUGCUUGGCUGUGGUAUGGGCAUUGGCAUGAACCAGGCCGCGACGGCUUGCCAGACCAUCCUGCCCCCUGAGGAAGUGCCGAUUGCCUUGAGCUUGAAUUUCCUCUUCCAGUCACUCGCCGGCGCGAUCUUCGUACCCAUUGGGCAGACUGUCCUAAACAGUCAACUCUUGUCGGGCUUGAAGAGCAGCUUGCCCGGUUUGGAUCCUGCCAUAAUCACCAAAGCAGGGGCUACGGGCUGGAGAGAGGUCGUACCGGAUGCGGUUCUGUCCGGCGUCGUGGAGGUUUACAAUGAUGCGCUAACAAAGGUGUUCCUGGUGGGUGCAGUUUGCGGCGCGCUCUCGCUCGUUGGAUCGCUGGGGCUUGAAUGGAGGAGUGUGAAAGGCAAGCAAGGAAAUACGUAG